AUGAAAGCAUUGCUUAAACAGUAUGGUGUGGUACACAAAGUUGCAACUGCUUACCACCCUCAAACUAAUGGCCAAGCGGAGGUAUCUAACCAAGAGAUAAAGAGGAUUUUGGAAAAGGUGGUGAACCCACAAAGAAAAGAUUGGAGUUCUCGGUUGGGUGACACCUUAUGGGCGUAUAGGACGGCAUACAAGACUCCGUUAGCGAUGAGCCCCUUUCGGACUGUCUAUGGAAAGACGUGCAACCUCCCGGUUGAGAUUGAACACAAGGCAUACUGGGCGGUCAAGCAAUGCAACAUGGACUUUACCAAGACGGGCAUAGGAAGGAAGUUACAAUUAGAAUAA